GCUGAUCGGCUCCACAGUCCGUACCAGUCAUAUGACCUACUGUAACAACCACAUACUUUCUUCCCUCCUUCAAAUUCCCAAGUCCCCACUGAGCCAUUUCUCUCGUUUCUCUUCUCACAGUCGCCGUAUUUUCUUUCAAGGUCCACCAAUGUCUACAUCUGCUGUAAAAAUUGUUGCCGAGUACGCCAAGUCGAAUCGUUCCACAUGCAAGAACUGCUCCAAAACCAUUCCUGCAAAGGCACUGAGGUUGGGUUUUGUGAGCAGAGAUGGGCGGGGAUUCGACAUGACCCGUUGGUUUCAUUCUGAUUGCGCUUCUUUUGGUUCCGACCCUGUUUCUUCCGCCGAGGAGAUUAAUGGGUUCGCGCUCUUGAAGGGGGAUGACCAGGAAGCUCUGAAGAAAUUAGUUAGCAGAAGCCAUGAAUCUAAGGUCCGCAAAAGGGAUGAGGAUGAAGAAGAUGGCAUUGAAGAAAGAGAUCAAAAGAAAGUCGAGUUGUCUGCCUCUAGUUUGCUGCCAAAGUUAGACCUUGUCCUUACAGCUUCCAACAUAAAGACCAAGUAUAAGGAUGCUACACUUUUACCUAAAUGGAAGGCAUUCCAGACACUCAUCUUUCUUGAGCAGGAUGAUGGGUUACAUCAUUCAAGUAAAAUAGCUGCAUUUGAUUUUGAUGGCUGUCUAGCAAACACAUCUGUCAAAAGAGUAGGUGCCGAGGCGUGGUCUCUGAUGUACCCUUUGAUACCACACAAACUCCAGAGCUUGUAUAAUGAAGGCUACAAGCUGGUAAUAUUUACGAACGAAUCCAACAUUGAGAGAUGGAAGAACAAGAGACAGGUCGCUGUGGACUCCAAACUUGGGCGUCUCGAUAGUUUUAUUAGUCGAGUCAAUGUCCCAGUUCAGGUGUUUGUUGCCUGUGGAAUUGGAGGCGGAUCGGGUAAAUCCGAAGAGGAUCCCUUCAGGAAACCAAAACCUGGGAUGUGGCAGAUCAUGGAGAACCACUUCAAUGGCGGCAUCCCCAUUAAUCUAGACCAAUGUUUUUACGUGGGGGAUGCAGCUGGGAGAGCUAAGGAUCACAGUGAUACUGAUCUCAGAUUUGCCCAGGCCAUUGGGUUGAAGUUUUAUGUUCCUGAAGAAUUUUUUGUUGAGGAAUAAUUUAAUUUACCUUUCACCAGCCUAGAACAAGAAGAAAACUGUGUAGUAGCAAUAGCUUUGUAAUGAAUUACUUCAGUGGAGGAUUGUGAAUUCAGGCACAUCUUUUAGAACUAAAUUUUACAAACCUAUGAACUUUUGUAUUCUAUUCUGAAAAUGAAUGCAAUGAGAUGAGAUCAUACCCCGA